CUGAGAGCCUGGAGCCACGACUGCGCCAAUUCGCUACAACUUUUGGCCCAAGCAUCAAUUUCCGUGCGCAGAGCAUAGCGGCAUAGCGGGUGCUUUUUGCCCUCCAGGUCGUAGAAUCAUGGCUCGCGCACUUCAUCGCCUGCUGCCGCGGUUGGCCACUGCGCCAACCUUGUCCACCCGACAGCUGAACACAUCAGCAGCUAGGUCAGCAGCGAAGGUGAGCCCUGCAGAGCUCACCAAGAUCCUCAGCGAGCGCAUCGCCAACUUCAAGGACCAGGCGGAUGUCCAGGAAGUGGGCCGAGUGCUCUCAGUGGGUGAUGGUAUUGCUCGUAUCUAUGGCCUCAAGGGUGUCAAGGCCGGAGAAAUGGUUGAGUUCUCUAGCGGUUUGAAGGGCAUGGCUCUGAACUUGGAGACCGACAAUGUCGGUGUUGUCGUUUUCGGAGACGAUCGCGCCAUUGUGGAAGGCGACAGCGUGAAAUGCACCGGUACCAUUGUCGACGUUCCCAUUGGAGAGGAAUUGUUGGGCCGUGUUGUGGACGCCUUGGGAACACCAAUCGAUGGUGCGGGGCCAAUCAACACCAAGUCACGACGCCGUGUUGAGCUAAAGGCUCCUGGAAUCAUUCCACGACAGAGUGUGCACGAGCCCAUGACUACCGGUCUCAAGGCAGUUGACAGUCUUAUCCCUAUUGGCCGCGGCCAGCGAGAGCUCAUUAUUGGAGAUCGACAGACAGGAAAAACAGCCAUUGCCAUUGACACCAUCCUGAACCAGAAGGCUAUCAAUGCUUCCCCGGACAAGACAGCUCACUUGUACUGCAUUUAUGUGGCCGUAGGCCAGAAGCGAUCCACCGUCGCACAGCUCUUCGAGAUUCUUCGCAAAAACGAUUGUCUGAAAUAUACAACGGUCGUGGCUGCCACAGCGUCAGAUGCCGCACCUUUGCAGUUCUUAGCGCCAUACACUGGAUGCGCCAUGGCAGAGUACUUUCGAGACAACGGCAAGCAUGCCGUGAUUUUCUAUGAUGACCUGUCAAAGCAGGCAGUCGCCUACCGCCAGAUGUCGUUACUGCUUCGCCGACCCCCUGGCCGCGAGGCCUACCCAGGUGACGUUUUUUACUUGCAUUCCCGGCUUCUCGAGCGAGCAGCAAAGAUGAACGAGGAGACCCAUGGUGGAGGCUCCCUCACGGCCCUGCCCGUCAUUGAGACACAAGCUGGCGAUGUGAGCGCCUACAUUCCCACGAAUGUCAUCUCCAUUACGGAUGGGCAGAUUUUCCUGGAGACAGAGCUUUUCUACAAGGGAAUUCGCCCAGCUGUGAACGUCGGUCUCUCCGUGAGCCGCGUCGGCAGUGCAGCUCAAAUUAAAGCCAUGAAGCAGGUGGCUGGCACUUUGAAGUUGGAACUGGCGCAGUAUCGUGAGGUUGCGGCCUUUGCUCAGUUCGGUUCUGAUCUAGACGCAGCAACACAGCAUCAGCUGCUGCGAGGUGGCAUCCUGACAGAACUGCUGAAGCAGAAACAGUUUGUGCCCAUGACCACAGCAGAGAUCAUCGUCUCUCUCUGGGCUGGCACUCGAGGCUACCUUGACAAGGUGGCCACGAAGGAAAUUCUUCGAUUUGAAGCACUUUGGUUGAAGCACUUCAAGGACACUCGUGGCGAUGUGCUCAAGGAGAUUAUGGAGAAGAAGCAGAUCACUCCAGAGAUCGAAAACGGUAUUAAGUCGGCCAUGGAUGAGUUCCUCACCAUGAAUGAGUUUGAGAGCCGAGCGUCUUAAACAGGUUACACGAGCGUUGAAGCUGCAGAACGGGCAACUGAACGCGCAGUGUUUGUUUGGGCUGACAGACCAGAUUGUCACGGCAUGCUUGACAACAUCCAGGAAGGCAACAGAUGGACAAACGGCCGCAAAAAUGUUUGUUUGCGGUGUCAACCCAGC